ACAUAAAUGCACAAAAACCCUAGUUAGUGCUGCUUCUUUCUUCUUAUCUUUGCUCUCAACAGUUGUGGCGUCUCAUUCUCUGCUGAGGCGCGUUGCUGUUCAUCGACACAGGACCCGUUUCUGUGUUGUUUUCCCAUUUGCAGACUUCAAUUCCUGUAAAUCGAGUUUCUGUGGGCUAGCUGGACAAGAAAUGGCAGAAGAAACCGGAAAAAGCUUUGCUAGAAGAGAUCGGCUUUUGGAAAUUGAAUCGAAGGUCCAGAAAUUGUGGGCAGAGAGCGACGUGUUUCGAGCCGAGCCAAAGGACUCACCACCAAAACCAGGGGAGAAGUUCUACGGUAACUUUCCAUUCCCUUACAUGAAUGGAUAUCUCCACUUGGGCCAUGCGUUUUCCCUUUCGAAGCUUGAAUUUGCCGCCGCGUAUCAUAGAUUGAGUGGAGCAAAUGUGCUGUUGCCAUUUGCCUUCCAUUGUACUGGAAUGCCCAUUAAGGCUUCAGCCGAUAAGCUCACAAGGGAGAUUGAAAAGUUUGGAUACCCUCCCGUCUUUCCAGAAGUCAAAGAGGUGGAAAAUAGCGAGGCUGAGGAUAAACUAAAGGGUGAGAAUGAAGCGAGUCAAAAUCAACCAGGUGGUAAAUUCAAGGGCAAGAAGUCAAAGGCUGUUGCUAAGACUGGUGAUGUAAAGUUCCAAUGGCAGAUUAUGCAGAGCUACGGUUUGUCGGAUGAGGAGAUACGUAGAUUCACAAACCCGUAUCACUGGCUGACUUUUUUCCCACCUCUGGCCGUAGAGGAUUUGAAGGCUUUUGGGCUGGGUUGUGAUUGGAGGCGCACAUUCGUCACUACCGAUAUGAAUCCGUAUUUCGAUUCUUUUGUUCGGUGGCAGAUGAGGAAAUUGAAAGCAAUGGGUAAGAUAGUUAAAGACUUGAGGUACGCUGUGUAUUCACCUCUGGACGGUCAGCCAUGCGCAGAUCACGAUCGAGCUUCGGGGGAAGGUGUUAAUCCGCAAGAGUAUACUCUCAUAAAGAUGGAGGUCGUCUCACCUUUCCCGUCAAAAAUGAGUGUUUUGGAGGGAAAGAAAGUCUACCUUGCAGCCGCAACGUUGAGACCAGAGACGAUGUACGGUCAAACAAAUUGUUGGGUAUUGCCAGAUGGCAAAUACGGGGCUUUUGAAAUUAACGACACUGAUGUCUUUGUCAUGACAAGAAGGGCGGCUCUGAACUGUGCUUAUCAGAAUCUGUCGCGUGUUUCGGAAUCACCGACUUGUUUGGUUGAGUUGACUGGUCAAGAUCUUAUCGGGCUGCCGUUAAGAUCCCCUCUGGCGUUUAAUGAUAUCAUUUAUACACUCCCCAUGUUAUCGGUUCUCACUGAUAAGGGUACUGGAGUUGUUACUAGUGUUCCGAGUGAUUCUCCAGAUGAUUACAUGGCGCUCCAUGAUUUGAAAGCAAAACCAGCGUUCAGAGCCAAGUAUGGGGUGAAGGACGAAUGGGUUUUGCCAUUUGAGAUCAUACCCAUCAUUCACCACCCUGAUUUCGGAGACAAGUCUGCCGAGAAAAUAUGCAUUGACAUGAAAAUCGCGAGCCAGAACGACAAGGAUAAGCUGGUUAUGGCCAAGGAAAAAAUCUACAAGGGAGGGUUUUACGAGGGAACCAUGAUUGCCGGUGAGUUUACUGGAAUGAAAGUUCAGGAGGCGAAAAGUUUGAUUAGAAACCAGCUUUUACAGCUGGAGCAAGCUGUGGUCUACAGCGAGCCCGAAAAGAAGGUCAUGUCAAGAUCCGGCGAUGAGUGUGUUGUGGCUUUGACCGAUCAGUGGUACAUCACUUACGGAGAAGAAGAAUGGAAGAAGGCUGCGGAGGAGUGCUUGGCUUCGAUGAAUCUUUACUCAGACGAGACUCGACAUGGAUUUGAACACACCUUGGGCUGGUUGAAUCAGUGGGCAUGUUCUCGAAACUUCGGGCUCGGAACUCGUAUACCUUGGGAUGAGCAAUAUUUGGUAGAAUCUUUGUCCGAUUCAACUCUGUAUAUGGCGUAUUACACUGUAGCUCACAUGCUGCAGGGUGGAGACAUGUAUGGAGCUGACAGAUCUUUAAUAGAACCGGAGCAGCUGACAGACGAGGUUUGGGAUUUCUUAUUCUUGAAUGGCUCUUUCCCCAAAGCAUCAGAAAUAUCUUCGUCAGUUCUUAAUAAGAUGAAGAAAGAGUUCGAGUAUUGGUACCCGUUUGAUCUGAGAGUAUCUGGGAAGGAUCUCAUUCAGAAUCAUCUAACAUUUUCUAUCUACAAUCAUACAGCACUGAUGCCCAAGCAUCAUUGGCCGAAGGGUUUCAGAUGCAACGGCCACAUUAUGUUGAACUCCGAGAAGAUGUCAAAGUCAACAGGAAAUUUCCGGACCCUUCGAGAAUCUAUCCAAGAGUUUUCGGCCGACGCAACAAGGUUCUCCCUUGCAGAUGCUGGUGAUGGAAUGGACGAUGCCAAUUUCGUCUUCGACACCGCAAAUGCUGCAAUUUUACGGCUGACGAAGGAAAUCUCAUGGAUGGAGGAGGUUUUUGCUGCGGAGUCGACUUUGAGAAGUACUUCUUCGCCUCUCACUUACGCGGAUCGUGUUUUCGCCAACGAAAUGAAUAUAGCAGUGAAGAUGACACAGAAGAACUACAGCGACUAUAUGUUCAGGGAGGCUUUGAAGAGUGGAUUCUAUGAUCUCCAGGCGGCGAGGGACGAGUACAGGCUCUCGUGUGGGGCCGGAGGGAUGAGGCGCGAUUUGUUGUUGAGGUUUAUGGAUAUUCAGACACGUCUUAUCGCUCCGAUUUGCCCGCACUACGCCGAAUACGUUUGGAAGGAUCUGUUGCAUAAGGAAGGGUUUGUGGUGAAAGCUGGUUGGCCUGUAGCAGAUUCGCCGGAUUUAACCCUCAAAAUGGCGAAUAAGUAUUUGCAGGAUGUUAUUGUCUCUAUGAGGAAACUCUUACAGAAGCAGGUAUCUGGUCCGACGAAAGGCAAAAAAGCUGCCCCCACUCCACAGAUUGCACCGAAUGCUGCCUUGAUAUUUGUCAACGAGCAAUAUGACGGUUGGAAACGAGAGUGUUUGAACAUACUAAAGGGCAAGUUUGACUCUGUUAGUGGCAGUUUCGCACCCGACCAACAGAUUAUGUCUGAACUGCAAAGCUGUGAAUUUGGUCAGGCGAUGGGUGCUAAACAGUUGCAGAAGCUCUGUAUGCCCUUUGUUAGGUUCAAGAAAGAUGAGGUGAAGGCGGUCGGUGCACAAGCCUUGGAGUUGAAGCUGCCGUUUGGGGAAAUCGAGGUUCUUACAGAGAAUGCUGACCUGGUAAAGCGGCAGUUAGGGCUCGAGCAUUUGGAUGUUUUGUCUGUGUUGGAUGCUGAUGCGGUUGCUAGGGCUGGUGAGCAUGCUGCUAUCCUGAAUUCUAACCCUCCUUCACCGGGAAACCCUACUGCUAUCUUUUUGAGUCGGUGAAGUUUUUUUUUUUUUUUUUUGAAGACAUUUUGGUGUUUUUGUUAUGUUUAACUUUUUGCCUUAUUUUUUUGUAACACAAAAAACCAGUUCUUGAUUCCGGGUACUUUGUUUUGAAUGAGAUUUGUAUUAUUUUUUUUUUUCUGGGUUUCUGUUUA